GCCCGCCCGGAGCCAAGAUGGCUGCGCCGCGGGCUGCGGGCGGGCGGGCCUGAGGCGGCUGCGGGGGCCGCGCCUUGCUCCGCGCCCCGCGCCGCGCCGGGGGCCGGCCGGCCGGGGGUCCCCGCUCCCCUCCCGCGGGCUGGCCGGCCCGCCGGGCCCGCCCCGCCCUCCGCCAUGGCGGCCGAGAGCGGCAGGCAGUUCUGGAAGCGGAGCGCCAAGCUGCCGGGCAGCAUUCAGCCUGUCUAUGGAGCACAGCAUCCUCCCCUGGAUUCCCGGCUCACCAAAAACUUCAUCAAGGACCGCUCCAAGGCUGGUGGGCUGCCCAUGAAAAGCAAGAAGGCCUCCAGCUUCCACGAGUUUGCCCGCAGCACCAGCGACGCCUGGGACAUUGGGGAUGAUGAAGACGAGGACUUCUCUUCCUCCUCCUCGUCCUCUUUGCAAACUCUGAACUCUAAAGUGGCCAAGGCCACGGCAGCACAGGUUCUGGAGAACCACAGCAAGCUGCGGGCCAAGCCCGAGCGGUGCCAGCCUGCCCUCGGGGACCUGCCCACCAACUGCAAGGUCAUCAAGUCCAGCAGCGAGGCCCAGCUCUCCAGGACCUCUGAGGAGGCCUGUGUGCGCAGCCCCCUGCAGAAGCAGCAGUCCCUCCCCCUCCGGCCCGUCAUCCCCCUCGUGGCUCGGAUCUCGGACCAAAACGCCUCCGGGGCUCCCCCCAUGACCGUGCGGGAGAAAACGCGCCUGGAGAAGUUCCGGCAGCUCCUGUCCAGCCACAACACCGACCUGGAUGAGCUGAGAAAAUGCAGCUGGCCUGGUGUGCCCAGAGAGGUCCGGCCUGUGACGUGGAGACUGCUGUCAGGUUACCUCCCCCCCAACUCGGAGCGCCGCAAGCUGACCCUGCAGCGGAAGAGGGAGGAGUACUUUGGCUUCAUCCAGCAGUACUACGACUCCCGGAACGAGGAGCACCACCAGGACACCUACAGACAGAUCCACAUUGACAUUCCAAGGACCAACCCACUCAUUCCCCUCUUCCAGCAGCCACUCGUCCAGGAGAUUUUUGAGAGAAUCCUGUUUAUCUGGGCCAUUCGCCACCCAGCCAGCGGCUAUGUGCAGGGCAUCAAUGACCUGGUCACCCCCUUCUUUGUUGUGUUCCUCUCUGAGCAUGUUGAGGAGGAUGUGGAAAACUUUGAUGUGACAAACCUGUCCCAGGAUGUUUUACGGAGCAUCGAGGCUGACAGCUUUUGGUGCAUGAGCAAGCUGCUGGAUGGGAUUCAGGACAAUUACACCUUUGCACAGCCAGGGAUCCAGAAGAAAGUGAAAGCCCUGGAGGAGCUGGUCAGCCGGAUCGAUGAGCAGGUACAUAAUCACUUUAGGAAGUACGAGGUCGAGUACCUGCAGUUUGCCUUUCGCUGGAUGAACAACCUGCUCAUGAGGGAGCUGCCCCUCCGCUGCACCAUCCGCCUCUGGGACACCUACCAGUCAGAGCCAGAAGGAUUCUCCCAUUUCCACCUGUACGUCUGUGCUGCCUUCUUGAUCAAGUGGCGGAAGGAGAUCCUGGAUGAGGAAGACUUCCAAGGCCUUUUGAUGUUGCUACAAAACCUGCCCACGAUACACUGGGGUAAUGAAGAGAUUGGGCUGCUGCUGGCUGAAGCCUACAGACUCAAGUACAUGUUUGCAGAUGCCCCAAACCAUUACCGCCGAUAGGUGCCCAGACUGGCUCCUCUCUGCCGUGCCCACCCCUCGUCCUGGCCCGAUCUGAUCACUGUGGCAUUUUUGUCAUCCCAACUCCUCGGACACUCCAGCCAGCAGCUGCUUUUUGCUGUACAAAGCUCACCUGAACUCUUGUCUUAACUCUGAACGUGUGCCUGUCUGCCACUCCAUGCGCCUGGAUGUGCCAUUUUGAGGACUCUCAGUAUUUCACUCCGUGCUGGUGGCUCACGCCAGGAAGGGAGGCUUCAAGGGGCUGAGAGAGAACAUGGGGGAAGCUUUACAGAUAAACUGAGCCACAGACGAAGCCCUCCUGUCCUCUCCACUCCCUGUCCUGGGCUUGUCUGGCUGGGACCACUUCAGCUUUGCUGCCUCCCGUUGCCCUGCACCACGUGCGCUGCCCCAUCCGCUCCCUCCUCUCUUCUGCCACCGUUUGCGCCAAGUCCCAGAUGAAAAUGCCUUAUCAGAGACCUGCCUGGCUGCAGAAUCCUUCCCCACCAGGGUGGCAGGGCAAGAAGUUCCUCUCAGGGCCUACCUUCGCUCCGAGGGUCCAGAGACCCCCCCCAAGCACUUUGUGGGUUCACAAGAGAGUCCCUCGUGCCUGCCCUCCCUCCUCGUCUCCAUCCUCUUCGCCUACCUCUCCCCCAGGGCAGCAGGGCAGGCACGACAGGGGCCACCACCACUCCAUCCACACACCCCUGGAAUGCCCUGUGCCAGCCUGGUGGAACUUUUGGUGACUGAUGUUCUGUGAGUACAGCCCCAUCCAGCUGUGGGGAGGGCACGGAGGGGAGCAGCAUCUCUCAAAAAGCUCCUGACAAGGUCCCCACUCCUCCAAGGCGUUCUGUGUAUAUUGUGUUCUUGUGUAUAUGGGUCAAAGAUGUACAAUAUAUGUCUUCUCUUUGUA